UGUCUAUUUAUUCUGCAAUAUCGGACUCAUCACAUCCUUUUUGCUUCCUCUGUAAGUUCAAGUUCAACGUUAAGAGUCGGCUCCUUAGGCGCUGGCACCCAUCAAUCCAACCUAAUCCCAGUUGUUUUCUCCCCCCUUGAUUGGCCGGUGUUGUUGUCUGCAAGCCAUCGACGUCGGCCGCUCAUCCCUCGUUCGUUUUAUCAACAUGUGGCUGAGCCGUUUGUGGCGCGCGACUCGAUCAACAAGUAUGUCCGGUGACAUCAUAUUCAUCUGGAUCGUCAACCUGGUUUCGCGGCACUGGCACUGGCACUGGCGGUGCCCAUGGGGGAGACGGCGGGACGGGUAGAGAGGGUCGCUGGGUACAACCCUGAUAUAUCCUGCUAGAGUACCAACCUGCUGCUCUCCUCAACCACUGCAUAUCUUCAGGCGUCAUAUACUCCCUCAUCACACUCACCAUCAGUUGCCCUGACCCCCCCAUAUAUUAAUACAUGUCGCACUCGGCAUCCGUCAUGGCCGUCUCGCAGUCCUCGGGCGACGAAAAGAAGAAGUCUCGAGGGCUCAGCCGUCUCCUCAAGAAACGAGACAAGACCCCAGAGCGGCCCAGCAACUUGAGCGACUCCGCCUAUGGUAGCAGCGAGGCCAACAGUGCGGAUGGCGUUGCACAGGGCAUGAACAGCGGCGAAAUCGUUUCGGCUGAGAAGGACAGCGAGAUUGCCAACAUUGACCAGCACAGAAACCUUGCUCUGAAGCCCUCGACAGGAGAGGUCUUUGACGAAGACACUGGUGAAGUGGUGACGGUAGUGACCACAACUACAACGACUACUACAACUACCACCACAAGAGGCGGCAAGAAACAGCAAGAAGUACAAAAAGAUGUCAAGCGAGAAGUCCAACCAGGUCGGGCACCUCUGUCCGAAAUGCCCGGUGCCGAACCAGUACCUUCGCAUACACAGCCUCCGAGUACCACUGCAGUCACAUCCUCUUCUACAAACACCGCUCAAGAUGGACGAAUGCCGCCGUCGGUCAAGGCUGGGGCGGGAACGCUUCAGACCGAUUCCCCGCCCAUCCCGGCAAAAAGCGCCUUACGUAGGUCUGGCGAGAUGACACGAGAAUCACCUCGAGACAGUACUGUGCCGGGUGGUGUUCCUGUUGACCCCAGCUACAACUAUAACAACUACGACCAUGGUGGUUAUAGUGGUUCCAACAACAAUGGGCCCGUGAGUCCAGUUUAUGACGCGGCAUCCACGGGCCGCGCGGGCGCCAACACCAGCGCCAUGGCGAUGGGCACGGGCACUGGCAUCACGCCUCCAGCGGACAGCCCCUCAAGACCCAACUUCAGCUACCCGAGCCGUUCGUCGCUAAAGACCGCCGACCAACCCAUGCGCCAUAAUCAAAGCACCAUUGACGAUUUGAAAGCCGCAGCAAAGGGAAUACAUGGCGUCGGCGAAACCCUACGGGGCACAUUAAACUCCACCAUCGACCGACGGUUUCCAUCCAAGAAGCCGGAAAAGGCAGCCCUCGUCAAUGCUAGGAAUCAGGAAACUCUACAACGAGGCCGUCUCGAAAUGGAAGCAAUCCCAGUCCCGGGGAGUUGGCCGGCUCAUGCUGAUGAAGAGGACGAUAAUUACAACCCCAACUACGACAACAGCCUCAACGAAGACCCGGUAACAACAUCUCGGCCACCACCUCCAGGAACUUUAGACACAGCCAACCCUUCGAAUCGACCCCGGGAGAAGGAGAAGUCGUCAUCGGGGAGCAAGCUGAAGCUCUUCAAGCGGAAACCAGUACCGCCUGAAACGCACGAGGUGGAUACGAGGCCGAGGCACUAUUAGAUACCCGGUAUCGUUCCACAAGCUUUACUACCUUACGGAUUACCUCUCUUUGAUCCUCCCUUGGGAGCCCAAACGUUGCCUUUGUUCGAGCAGAGCGCUACUGCGACAAUUGCUACCACAGCUUCUAACAUGAUUCGAUCGUACGACACCUGAAAAUCUCAUCCGGAUAGGGAAACACUGCUGCCAGUUCCAGUACCGAUCUUGCUGUCGUUGCACACCAGUACGAAUACCAUGUUAUAACCACCACCACCACCACCACCACCACCACCACCACCACCACCACCACCACCAACGCCAACAAGUACGACGACUACCGGUAUCAAAAAGGCGACGGCCCUUAUAUUGCUAUCAUCGAUAUUGAUAUCGAUACCGUUACCAAAUCCAAAGACGGGCCCUGAGCCCCAUAUUUGACCUUGACGAGUACACCUCCAGCCCUGCCAUUUCACGGUGUUAUGGUCCGCCUAAACACUCCUUCCGCCUCUAUCUCCACCGUCUUCUUCCUCUUCACAGUCCGUCAUCUUCGCUACCAUAGCCAACCUUUUGUUAUUCUACCAAGAACAGUGCUUCUCUCUCUUUUCCACCGAUGCGAUGACGUAUGACAUGUUGAUAUUUGGAAUUGAUAUUGGGUGGUCAAUUGCCAGUUGAGAUUCAAGUUUGGCAACUGAGCCGUGUUGAUUUCAUAUCGUUUGCUUGGACAGAGAUCUUGAUAUUGAAAGGUCACUCUGCACCAGUGUACCGUCUCCACGGGUCUCCGACUCUCAGAAUUCCGAUCCCAGAUGGACAGACAGAAGUGUGAAUCAGGCGGUGGACCUUGCAGCUGUUCGAUAAUGAUCUUGGGUAUACAAUAUGCAGACCCCAAUCUCUCUGAUAUUUCGCUUUCCCUCAUUAGUCUUCGAGCCUUGUCCGUACAUCUAUCCUUGUCUCCCUUCC